CGUACACGCAAGCUACAACGGCGAGCCGUCGCACACCGGUGCUUGUGUGCUCAGUUUGCAUUUCCUCCUUUUGGCCAUCUUGGGACCCACAUAUCCUAGCUGUCCAGAACGAUAGAGACUUCUUGCUGUGGCGACGCCGAUGUCUUGACAAACUCCGCGCCCAACCCGACUAAGCCUAGGAGCCCAUGGCUGUAUGAGAAGCAGGCUAGCAUUCCCGUACAUCUCCAUCUCCGUCCUCAUCGCCCUCCUCGCUGUCCUCCUCUACCCUUCCGUCUUCACCAUGCUACGCGCCCGAAUCCCCUCCGCGUGGCGCCAGUCGCUGCUUUCUCGCCAGCCGCGCACAUAUGCUACCACCGCCUCGUCGAAUGCUUCCAUAACAGACCCGUCCGCCUUCCCCAAGCCCGGCUCCAAACUCCACGGCUUCACGCUUCAGCGCACCCAGCACGUACCUGAGCUUGAGCUCACCGCUGUGCAUCUUCAGCAUGACAGGACGGGCGCCCAGUAUCUGCAUGUGGCGCGGGGGGACCCGAACAAUGUGUUUGCCAUCGGAUUCAAGACGAACCCGCCGGAUGGGACCGGUGUGCCGCAUAUUUUAGAGCAUACCACUCUGUGCGGGAGUGUCAAAUACCCGGUUCGCGAUCCCUUCUUCAAGAUGCUCCCUCGCUCUCUCUCAAAUUUCAUGAACGCAUUCACGUCCUCCGAUCAUACGACCUAUCCGUUCGCUACGACCAACGCGCAAGACUUUCGGAACCUCAUGUCCGUCUACCUCGACGCCACUCUGAAUCCACUUCUCAAAGCUACCGAUUUCGCGCAGGAAGGCUGGCGCAUAGGUCCCGAGAAUCCACUGGCGGCCGCAAGCAAGAAUGGAAGCGAUGCUGAAGCCGCUGAGAAGCUGGUGUUCAAAGGCGUUGUAUACAACGAGAUGAAGGGCCAGAUGAGCGAUGCGAGCUAUCUGUAUUACAUACGCUUCCACGAGCACCUGAUCCCCGCGUUGAACAACUCCGGUGGUGACCCAGCCAAGAUCACGGAUCUAACGUACGAGCAGCUGAAGAGCUUCCACGCCGUGCAUUACCACCCCAGCAACGCAAAGAUCUUCACCUAUGGCGAUAUGCCGCUUGCAGAGCACCUUAAAGAGGUCGGGGAGCAGCUAGACAAGUUCGAGCGGAUCGAGAUAGAUACCGAUAUCAAGCAGCCGAUCGAUCUGUCCAUGGGCCCCAAGACGGUCACGAUCAAAGGGCCCGUAGACCCUCUCGUGCCGGCGGACAAGCAGCACAAAACGUCUUUGACGUGGGUCGUGAAAGAGGCUGAAGAUAUGGUCGAGCGAUUUGGCCUGAGUGUGCUUUCCAGUCUACUUCUGGACGGAUACGGCUCACCGCUGUACACAUCUCUCAUCGAGAGCGGCCUCGGCUCCGACUUCACGCCAAACACCGGAUUCAGCGCCACAGGGCGCGGUGCCAGCUUCUCCGUUGGUCUAACGGGCGUGCAGGAGUCAUCCGUGUCGGCCGUGCAUGAAGCCAUCCACAAAACGCUGCGGGAAGUGCACGAGAAAGGCUUCGAGAAGAUCAAGGUCGAGGGGAUAUUGCAUCAGCUUGAGCUAAGUCUCAAGCACAAGACUGCCCAUUUCGGCAUGGGACUUAUGAACCGCGUAACCCCCGAUUGGUUCAAUGGCGUUGAUCCAUUUGACGCGCUGGCUUGGCAGAAGACUGUGGACGGAUUCAAGGCGCGCUAUCACGCGGGCGGUUAUCUUGAGGGGCUGCUAAAGAAGUACUACCUCACAGAGAAAACGUUGACGUUUACGAUGGUUCCCUCGGAGACGUACGCUGCCGAAGUUGUGGAGGAGGAGAACCAGCGACUUGAGAGGAAGAUCGAGGAGGCCAGCAAGGACUUUCCGGGCGCUGAGGCCGCGAAGGAACAUCUCGUUCAGCGCGAGCUCGAAUUGUUGGAGGAGCAAGAGAACGGAAGGAAUCAGGACUUGAGCUCGCUGCCUACCCUGCAUGUGGCUGACAUACCCCGCGUGAAGCCGGAGAAGGAGCUUCGACACACGAGCAUGGGAGACGUACAGGUGCAGUGGCGAGAAGCCCCCACCAACGGACUCACGUACUUCCGCGCUGUGCACCGCUUCGAGAAUCUGCCUGACGAACUUAGGGAGCUGAUUCCUCUGUUCACGGAGGCGCUUCUCAGACUGGGCACCCGAACCAUGAGCAUGGAGAAGCUGGAGGAACUUAUCAAGCUACGUACGGGUGGCAUUAACGUCGGAUAUCAUUCCUCAACAUCGCCUACCGACCUGGACAGAUAUGAGGAAGGGCUCGUGCUGUCUGGAUACGCGUUCGAUCGCAACGUGCCGGCCAUGUAUGAGCUCAUGCGCACACUGCUCAUUGAGACGGACUUUGACAGUCCCGAAGCCGAAAAACGCAUCUUACAGCUUUUGCAAACCAGCGCAAUGGGAGCGAUUGACGGUGUUGCAGAGACAGGCCACGCAUACGCCAGGCGGUAUGCCAUGGCUGGCCUGACGCCAGAGGGGAGAUUACGAGAACAGAUCUCCGGCUUGACGCAGGUUCAGCUCACGGCAGCGCUGGCGUCACGGUCUGAGCCGGGCGCGUUGAGAGACGUCAUAGACAAGCUAAAAAUUCUCCAACAGAUUGCGAUAUCGAACGCAAGCUCGUUGCGCGUAGCCUUGAAUUGUGACCCUGAGAGCGUAAGCACAAACGAGAAAAUGCUUCAGGAUUUCUUGCAGACGCUGCCGGCCAAGAUCAACACAACGGGUCUCGAGACGGCUACACCGCAGCAGACCAAGUUCGCACGGAACGCAAAGACAUUCUUUCCACUGCCCUACCAAGUGUAUUAUUCUGGAAUCGCGCUUCGCACAGUACCAUACACGCAUCCCUCCGGCGCUGCGCUGCAGGUUCUUGCUCAGCUCCUCACGCACAAGCACCUACACCACGAAAUUCGGGAAAAGGGCGGGGCUUAUGGUGGUGGCGCCUUUUCUCAGGGCCUCGGUGGUGUCUUUGGUUUCUACAGCUACCGGGAUCCCAAUCCUCAGAACACACUCCGCAUCGUUGAGGAGACGGGACGAUGGGCUGUGGAUAGGGAGUGGACCGAUAGGGACAUCGAAGAGGCGAAGUUGAGCGUGUUCCAAGGACUCGACGCGCCCCAGAGCGUGGCAGACGAAGGCAUGACGCGGUUCUUGGCCGGUGUUGAAUGGGCGGCGCAGCAGAAGAGGAGGGAGCAGCUUCUCGAUGUAAAGGCGGAGGACGUCAAGAGAGUCGCGGAGGAAUACCUGAUCAACCGCGCCAAGGACGCUGCUACGGCAGUGUUGGGAGAGAGGAAGGCCUGGGUCAAAGACGGCGAGUGGACGUUGAAGGACUUGGGCGCGCUCGCUGAGCGAGUCGAAGAAUUCGAGGAUGCCCACUCGUCUGCGUCCGCGUCGGCAGCUGCGGCAUAGUCAUUUGUGCGCAAUGAACCAUUGCAAUCGCCUUGUAGAUAUCCCCUGUAGAACUAGAUGUACAAACAGCCUCCAUCCUCCGCAGAUGCCCGUCUUUCGCACGGCAUCAUU